CCCGGCGGCCUGAGUGGCUGCAGCCGGGCCCCCGCCCGCCCGCCCCCUGCUUCCGUGGAGCGGCGCCUCCCGGGAGUUCAGUCGCGCGGGCGGCGCGGACUCGAGCUGGCCGACCACCUGCGGCCCCGACUUCUCACCUGCGCCCCCGAGCCUUCAGACCGGACCGAGCCGGGGAGCAGUCCCCCCAGCCGCCACCUCUGGGGCCGAGGAGUGGUGACAGCGCCGACCCGGGGGGAAGGGAGGAAGGAGGAGAGACAAAGGCGCGCCGGCCCCGCCUCCUCGCGCCGCCCACCAUGUGUCAGUCAGAGGCGCGGCGAGGACCCGAGCUCCGCGCGGCGAAAUGGUGAGAUGCCCACGGCCGCGUCCUAACCCCGCCGUACCCCGCCGCGACCUCCGGAAGGUCCGAGUUCACGUCCAGCGGCUCCGCGGUGGAGGUGGUGGCGGCAGCAGGGGGCUAGGGGACCAGCUCCCGCGGCUAGAGGGGCCCACUCCGGGGGGCCUGAGUCGGAGAGCCCGCUUCAGGUUGCACUUCCCUCAGCUGGCCCUGAGGCGGAGGCUGGGACAGCUGAGCUGCAUGUCCAAACCUGCCCUGAAACUGCGCUCCUGGCCCCUGACGGUCCUCUACUACCUCCUGCCCCUCGGCGCCCUCAGGCCCCUCAGCCGGGUGGGAUGGAGGCCUGUGAGCAGGGUGGCCUUGUACAAAUCGGUGCCAACACGCUUGCUGUCGCGGGCCUGGGGCCGCCUCAACCAAGUGGAGCUGCCGCACUGGCUGCGCAGGCCCGUCUACAGCCUGUACAUCUGGACUUUCGGGGUGAACAUGAAGGAGGCCGCCGUGGAGGACCUGCACCACUACCGCAACCUCAGCGAGUUCUUCCGGCGCAAGCUGAAGCCGCAGGCCCGGCCCGUGUGCGGCCUGCACAGCGUGAUCAGCCCCUCGGAUGGGAAGAUCCUCAACUUCGGACAGGUGAAGAACUGUGAGGUGGAGCAGGUGAAGGGGGUCACCUACUCGCUGGAGUCGUUCCUGGGCCCCCGCACGCCCUCAGAGGACCUGCCCUUCCCCCCAGCUGCGCCCCACAGCUCCUUCAGGAGCCAGCUGGUCACACGCGAAGGGAACGAGCUCUACCACUGUGUCAUCUACCUGGCCCCCGGGGACUACCACUGCUUCCACUCCCCUACUGACUGGACCGUCUCCCACAGGCGCCACUUCCCAGGCUCCCUGAUGUCUGUGAACCCUGGCAUGGCCCGCUGGAUCAAGGAGCUCUUCUGCCACAACGAGCGGGUGGUCCUGACUGGGGACUGGAAACACGGCUUCUUCUCGCUGACGGCCGUGGGGGCCACCAACGUGGGCUCCAUCCGCAUCUACUUCGACCGGGACCUGCACACAAACAGCCCCCGGUACAGCAAAGGCUCCUACAACGACUUCAGCUUCGUGACGCAUGCCAACAAGGAGGGCAUCCCCAUGCGCAAAGGCGAGCACCUGGGCGAGUUCAACUUGGGCUCCACCAUCGUGCUCAUCUUUGAGGCCCCCAAGGACUUCAACUUCAGGCUGCAGGCAGGACAGAAGAUCCGAUUUGGGGAGGCUCUGGGCUCCCUCUGAGCCUCCUGCAUGGCCGCAGCUGCUGAGGGUCCUUUCAAGGGGACCUCUGAGGCUGUGUAGGGAGGGGACUGUAGGGUCUUACCAGGCAGGACCUGGGUGACUUCUGUCCCUACUUCUGGGGUGCAGACAAGGUCGUCAGCCCAUCGUGCCGUAGACCGCCGUUACCCCCUCUCCCACCUGAAGAGAAAGUAUGGGCCAGGAUGAUGGAGUCCCUCUUGGAGACUUUUUAACGUCUCGUAAAAACUGGCUCUGUGACCUCCCGGCCGAGCAUUCGGUUGGUCCCGAUUUCCGUUCUGAGAUACGCGGUAGUUAAGGUACCUUCUUGCUGCUCGUCCUGUCACUGCUUUCUGGCCUCCGCCUCUGCUUCCCCUGCACAGGGUGAGGUGCCUCCUGGCACUGACUGUGGGCCCCACAGCGGGGCCGGUAACACAGCUGCUUUCUGUCCCCGAGUUUGCUCCACCUUGCUUGUUGGGAAAGGCUGUCUUCUCUCUUUGCACAUGUGGCUGAACACAUCACCUGCUGAGACGCUGUCAGCAGCUUCCAAGGGUGGCCUUUGGUGGCUCGGUGCUUUGCAGGCCCUGGCGAGUGACCUUCCGGAGCUGGUAGGAUCUAUUAUCGACCCCCCUAGUGGUGGCCCAGCUGAGACCAGGGGUGAGCUUGUGUCCCCUCCCUACAUCCAGGCCUGUGUAAAUACGCAGAAGUUGCUGCUAUUGAUCAGGGGCUUACACUGGAAACAAAGGAGCCUUGUUGAUGUCUUUGGUGUGUGACGGAGGGGGGUAUCAGUGCCUAGAAAACCUGUCCCCAAGUAACAGAUACUAACAGGUACGAAAUCCUGAGGGAGCCACUGAUGGGGGGCGUGGGGGGGGCCAAGUUUCAUGUUUCCUGGGGAUGCUGUGAAUUUCUCCUGCAGGAGAAGCCACUUGAACUUUUUCAACUGUAUCAGUAGCACAGUAUUUUUGUAUGAAAAGUGGGAGACUUCUGAACAGUGAUUCAUUUAAUUGCAACAUUUUGAAAUAAACUAAAAAACAUUGCUGCUCUGCA